UUCUACGACCCAGACCUGGAUGACGACAAUCAACGUUGGCUGACGGAACAACGCACGGCAAAUUUACCCUUUGGUCAGUCACGCUCUUCAGCCACAAGCUCAUGUUUGAUUCUCAACUGCCCGGCGUGUAUGACCACGCUUUGUCUUGAUUGUCAAGCCCAUGAGGCUUAUACCAACCAAUUUCGCGCCAUGUUUGUUCUCAACUGUCGGGUGGAUACCACCCAGGUGCAGGAAAAGGACGCCUCGGGUAAGCGCACCGCCAACGCAGCGCAUGCAGCUCAGAGCCCUGUACAAGCCAGUGGAGCGGCUCAUAUGGAAGAUGAUUUUCACCCCGUUCAUUGCACCGAGUGCAAUACCAUUGUGGCCAUGUAUGACCUCGAUGAAGUCUACCACUUUUUUAACGUUCUUGCCUCAGAGCCGUGA